GGUGGUUUAAAAAUCAUAAUUUUUAGCUCUCAGUUCCCCCAUAUAGCAAGACUCAUAAACUGUAAUAGGAAUACGACAUUUUAUCAGUUUUUUAUGUAUUUAGCGUUGAAACACAAGCUUGAAAACUAACUCAUAUAGUGAGAUGGGCCUGUGGAACACUGUACAGUGUACUAUUCAUACUUCUGAUGUUAUGAACUUGAAAAUGAUUAUUAUCUUUGUCUUUAUUGUGCAAGCAACUGGGCUGCCGCUUAAUUGUGCCGAAGACGGUGAAAAAUAUGUUCAGUUUUCCUGGAAAGGAUCUUGUGUUUGCGAGGCAGAUAAUCUUAAAAUGUAUGGAAAUCAAAUUGAUCUUGAGAGUGGAUCACUUAUUGGAAGUAAACCGGAUUGUAUUGAGUAUUGUAAGGAGCUAGAAGGCUGUGAGUACAUUACACAAAACAAGCAUACGCAAGAAUGCUUCUUUAGUACUGGAAAAGGACCUGUAAACGUUACUGAGGAUAAAGGAUUCACAUCAUUUCACAAGGACUGCAACUCAGAUAAAGCGGAGAGUACAGUGGUAGGAAGUGAUUAUCAAGGAAAUGAAUAUCCAGACGAUGAUAAUUCUGAUGAUACGGUGGUAGGCAGUGAUUAUCAAGGAUAUGGGUAUGAUGAUGAUGGUGGUUAUGGUUAUCAAGAGGAGGGUGGCGAUGAUGACAAUGUCAGAGGUAAUGGAGAUGGAGGAUACGGAUAUGAUAAUGGCAAUGAUGUCAAUGACCAAGGUGAUACCUAUUAUGAAGGAGAAGCAGAUGAAGGUGAUGGAGGGGAUGGUGCUGCAGUUGAAGAGGGUGGAGAUGGUGGUGGCGGAGCUGCUUAUGAUGAAGCUGAAGGAGAUGAUGGAGCUGAAUAUGACGAUAAUGCAUAUGAAGACAGCUAUGAUGAAGGUGGUGAGGUAAACCGUGAAUAUGGUAACAAUGGGCAGUACAAUAAUCCAUUCCUGGAUAGCUCAGAAAAUGGGGCAGCAGAGGGAGAAGCUGAUACUUAUGAUGCAGAGUCUGGAUAUUAUUAUGAGUAUUAUUAGAUACAAUUUUAUACAAGGUUGCAAAUUUCAAAUUGUUAAAUAAAUUGACAAACUGUUU